AUGGCAAACAUCGCAAAAAUUGAAUUCCCGGCUCUUAAUAUCACCGGAGAAAAUUAUAUGCCGUGGACGGCACAUGUUAAGCGACAUCUAAAGUCAAUGGGUGUUUUGGAAACGAUAACGGAGUGGAACGAAUGUAGCGAUCAAGACAGGGCAAAAGCCGAUGUCUUCCUCCAUAAACACAUUGAUGAAAUGUUGCAAUUUGAAUAUUCAAAUUUUGAGGAUCCAUACGUUUUGUGGGAAGAUUUAAAAAGCAGAUUUGAUAAUCAAAGGGAAGUUUUACUUCCCACUGCUAGAGAUGAAUGGAACAAUCUCAGGUUCCAAGAUUUUAAAAAGGUGAAUGAAUACACCUCUGCUUUGUACAGGAUAUGCUCAACGCUCCGAUUCUGUGGGCAAACUGUUACGGAGGAAGAUAUGUUGGAGAAAACUUUCUCCACAUUUCAUGCAUCAAAUAUAAACUUGCAACAACAAUAUCGGUUGCAAAAGUUUCAAAGAUAUUCUGAUCUAAAUUCAUUUCUCCUCGUAGCAGAGAAAAACAAUGAGCUACUAAUGAAAAAUCAUCAAGCUCGUCCCACUGGAUCAUUAGCCAUUCCAGAAGCAAAUGCUGUUAUUAAUGAUGAUAUUAAAGACUGUGGAAGAAAAUGGGGACGAGGCCGUGGCCGUGGCCAUUUUGGUAAAGGUAAUGGUCGAAAUUAUUCCUUCAAAAGAAAUAAUAACUUCCGAGGCAAUUCCCAUGGUCGUGGACGUGGUCGCGGUCGUGGUCGUGGUCGAAAUCAAAGAACCCCCAAUUACCACACUCCACAAAAUACCAAUUCCAACCAGUAUAACAAAAGGAAUGAAGCUGGUAGGUCCGAAAACAAUGGCACUUCUUGUUUCAGAUGUGGAAGUGCAAACCAUUGGUCAAAGGCUUGUCGUACACCUUCACAUUUAUGUGAACUUUACCAAGCCUCUCUCAAAAGAAAAGAAAAGGAGAUGAACCAUGUGGAUAAUUUUAAUGAUAUCAACGUCGAAAUGAAUGUCGCCGACUUUAACAAUAACAUGGAACUCUGA